AUGGCCGAGAAAGAGAACCCCAUAGUUUUCUUCGAUAUUUCUAUCGGCGGCCAACCGGCCGGACGCAUGAAAAUGGAGCUGUUUGCGGACUUGGUUCCAAAAACAGCCGAGAAUUUUAGGGAGCUCAUAUGCUUGAAUGUGUUUAAUUCAAUACCGAUCGAUGUUUCCGCAGAAAGAAUGGUGUUCCUCAAGGAUACAAGUUGGCGACUUUUCAUAGGUGAGGUGAUCAAGGAUUUUAUGGUCCAGGGUGGCGAUUUCGUAAAGGGCGAUGGAACAGGUUCAACUAGCAUCUACGGAGAAAAGUUUUCAGAUGAGAAUUUCGAAAUUAAACAUACUGGCCCAGGAUUACUUUCAAUGGCGAAUAGCGGCCCAAAUACAAAUGGGUGUCAGUGUGAUUUUCUUGAUGGAAAACAUGUCGUCUUUGGAAAACUCAUUGACGGAUUGUUAACAUUAAGGAAAAUUGAAAAUGUUUCCACUGGACCCGGAAAUAGGCCAAAGUUACCGGUAGUCAUUACAGAGUGUGGUCAAUAUUAG